CCAGAGAAGAAGAGAAUCCUUUAUGAAGAAUAGAAGGAAAUUUUAAAAGAGAAAAGGAAAAACAAGUAAUCCUUUUUCUAUUUUUUAAAGCUUCCCAAUCUUCUUUUCAGUUUUCAGAUCUUAGAUCACUGUUCACCCUCUUUGCAUUGAAAGAUCUCAGAUUCUUCCCUGAUGAAGAUUCUAAUAAAGCACCAGCAUGUGUGGCUUUCCAUGGUUUCCUAACUUGGCAUUGGUGGGAAUUGGCUUGUUCUGUUCUUCUAAUGCAAUAUGUGUGAGGAGGCUAUAAGAAGAGGUCUAAGGAUACUGUGCAUGCCAGAAGCGACCCUGGCUGCGAAAGCGCUUUCUGUUAUUUGUUUCUCAUCAGGUUGGCUAGCUACUUAGAUUGCUAGCCAUCUAGUUUGUCCUUUCAUCACCCAUCAAUAUACCCUUGUGAUGGCUUCAUCUAACAGAAACUGGCCUAGCAUGUUCAAGUCCAAGACCUGCAACACUCAUAACCAGUGGCAGCAUGACAUCAACCCACCUCACCUGUCAAGUGGAUCCCAGAGAAACCCCUACACAUCAGUGCCUAGCUCUGAAGAACGGAGUCCAGAGCCGAAACCACGAUGGAACCCUAAACCGGAGCAGAUACGGAUUCUGGAAGCGAUAUUCAACUCCGGAAUGGUGAACCCUCCAAGGGACGAGAUUAGGAAGAUAAGAGCUCAGCUGCAAGAGUACGGUCAAGUAGGCGAUGCCAACGUCUUCUACUGGUUCCAGAACCGGAAAUCGAGAAGCAAACACAAGCAGCGCCACCUUCAGAGCGUAAACGUACUGGCUCAAUCCGCUCCAACCACCACUGGCUUGCCAUUGACGGUUCAGACCAUUGCUGCACCCUCAUCUUCCUCGUCCUCAUCGUCUGAGAAAUCUCCUCCGAGAAGGACCAAGAAGAAGAUGGCCAUGGCAGGUGUUGGUGGUGGUGGAGGACCUAAUCCCAAUGUGAUCGAUCCAUCCAAUUCUCCUUAUCAUGGGGACCUCUCGUCUGAACCCUUUUUCUUUCCAGUCCAACCGCCCACUUUCUCUCAUGGUCAUGGGUUCUGCUUCUCCGACUUAUCCAACCUGGUUCAAUACCCGGAUCAAGCGGUCGGGCCUUGCUCAGCCGACCCCAUACUGAGUGAAGUGGUGAACCAAGGUGCUCCAAAGAAGGAUGAGCAAGCGAAGAUGCAGUUGGACCAGCAGCUCAGCUAUGCUGCGGCCACUACUACUACUCCAUCCACCAAUACUAUUACCUCUGGUUCGACCACUCUCAAUCAAAUUCAUGGAGGGGUGGUGGGGGUUGAAUCAGGAUCAGGUAGUGGAAUGGCUCCGGCAGCUGCCGCGAAAUCGACGGUGUUCAUAGAUGAUGUGGCAUUCGAAGUUACCGGAGGUCCGGUGAACGUAAGAGAAACUUUUGGGGAUGAUGCCGUCCUCAUCCACUCUUCUGGUCAGCCUGUCCUCACCAAUGAGUGGGGCGUAACCCUACAAUCCCUGCAACACGGCGCAUUCUACUAUCUGGUUUGGGAGAAUGGCAGAUGAUGCUGAUUGAGGGGAUGGAAAUGCGCGCAAGUAUCAAGUGCAUGCUGUGGUGGUUGAUCGCAAAUGUCUCUUUUGGGGUCUUAUGUUUUAGAAUUAAGCUUAUUAGGUCUAUUGAUAGAACUAGAAGUAUGCGAUUGUUAUAAGGGGGGCUUUGAUUAUCUCUGGACGGAAAUAAUUUGGACAUGGUUAAUUAACUAGGAAAUGUAUACGUGGAAUUUGCUUCCCCCUCUAUAUGAAC